GAAUUUCUUGUUUUAGAAUUACCUUUAACAAUGUAAUUAGUUGAAUAUAUAUAUAUAUAUGUUAACAUAUAUUAUAUUACAUUGCAAUAACUAAGACUUUUAUUGUGAAGAGAAGUUUGACCGUGGUGGGCUUUUCGUCACUGUGUGUCCAGCUUCACGACGCCGAAAUCAAUAAAUGUAGCCUUGUUAGCAAUAAAACCGCUAACAUGGAAGCAGUUAUUAUUUGAUGCUAGCUGGAGCUAUCAAUGAUGCUAACGAACUGUCGCUGUGUCUCGCUAUGAGUUUAGCUAGCUAAUGACAGUCUGGUGAGAUUGCAUCACUGACUGGGUGAUGUCCGCCCAGCCUCUGCAGCACUGCUGGGAGGAUUCAGCAGCCUGCUAACAGAGCCAGCCCGGCGGCUAGCUGAUGCUGAUGACUGGCUGUUUCCUGACAUUGAUUUGUAGUGGGAGGCACCAUGGCCGGUAAGGUGAAGUGGGUGACAGAUAUUGAGAAAUCAGUGCUCAUCAAUAACUUCGAAAAGAGGGAAUGGGUUCAAGUUACAGAAAACGACGACUGGAAUUUCUACUGGAUGAGCGUCCAGACCAUCCGAAACGUGUUCAGCGUGGACACCGGCUACCGCCUGUCAGAUGAGCAGAUGGUUAACCACUUCCCCAACCACUAUGAGCUGACCAGGAAGGACCUAAUGAUCAAGAACAUCAAACGCUACCGCAAGGAGCUGGAGAAGGAAAGCAGUCCGCUAGCAGAGAAGGACGAGAACGGGAAAUACCUUUAUUUAGAUUUUGUUCCUGUGACAUUCAUGCUCCCCGCCGAUUAUAAUCUCUUUGUGGAGGAGUAUCGCAAGAACCCGUCCAGCACUUGGAUCAUGAAGCCCUGCGGGAAGGCUCAGGGCAAAGGCAUUUUCCUCAUCAAUAAACUGUCCCAGAUCAAAAAGUGGUCCAGAGACAGCCGCACCUCCACGUUUGUAGCAGCAUCUAGUGGCAAGGAGGCCUAUGUCAUCUCCCUGUACAUUGACAAUCCUCUGCUGAUAGGAGGGAAGAAGUUUGACCUGCGUCUCUACGUUCUGGUGACCACAUAUCGGCCUCUGAAAUGCUAUAUGUACAAGCUCGGCUUCUGUAGGUUCUGCACAGUCAAGUACACACCCAGCACCAGUGAACUGGAAAACAUGUUUGUUCACCUCACUAAUGUGGCCAUCCAAAAACAUGGGGAUGACUACAACCACGUCCAUGGAGGCAAGUGGACGGUCAGUAACCUCCGUUUGUACCUAGAGAGCACCCGAGGGAAGGAGGUGACCAGCCGACUGUUUGACCAGAUCCACUGGAUCGUGGUGCAGUCACUGAAGGCCGUGGCUCCUGUGAUGAACAAUGACAAGCACUGUUUUGAGUGUUACGGGUAUGACAUCAUUAUUGAUGACAAGCUUAAACCAUGGCUUAUUGAGGUCAAUGCCUCUCCGUCGCUGACCUCCAGCACAGCCAACGACCGCAUCCUGAAGUACAACCUCAUCAACGACACCCUCAAUAUCGUAACGCCCAAUGGGGAAAUCCCAGACUGCCGCUGGAAUCGCAGCCCGCCCCGUGAGGCCCUGGGCAACUAUCAAGUCCUGUACGACGAGGAGCAGACGCAGAGCGAGAAUGCCGAGCGAGACCUGCGGAGCCGCUCGAGUCAGUCCAUGGGGACGAGGGGCACCAAGGGGAGUGCAGGCGCUCGCCCUGCUGCCGCCACCUGGAAGUGAGGUGAUGCUGCUGACUCUUAAUGGCUUCUUGUACAAUAUUACAGGGUCCAACCGGGGAUAAAAAAGAACCAGACUUUUUUUUUUAUCCCAGCUAUUCGCUGAAAGACUGGUCCCUGUCUCCCACAUGUCACUGACUGAGUUCACAGGGGGCGACAACCCUAGUGAUGAAGGGGAGGAAAAUCAACAUUGUGGUCAUAUUUGGAGAGUAUAAAGGUCGCCAGUUGUUGCUGUUUGUGUGAAGGCGUGACUACAAAUGUAGACAUUAUGUUGGUGGGGUCGAUGUCUCAACAGCAGCUCCCAGCCCAAGCUCCAUAUGAAGAUAAGGAAAAACCUCCUAAAAAA